CGGAAGGUUUUGGGUCAGUACCGUUAAAGUGACUUUGAAUCUCCAGCCGCCAUCGAUAACUAUGGAGCUUCUUCUUCUGAUGUUUUUCUGUCUCCUGACUGGCUCUGAAGUAACGUUUGGUGCUGAGAAAAAAGACAUCACAGUGGACGAAGGAAGUGACGUCAUGUUACCUUGUUCACUCAACACAACGGACAUUACUCAAGAGAAGUUUGAAUGGAUGACAGAUGGUCGUCAGGUGUUCCUGUAUGAUGACGGCAAUCAUUCCAAUAUCGCUGUUAAAGGUCAAGAUCAGCAGUUCAGAGGACGAGUUAAACAUUUUCCAGAUGAACUGAAGUCAGGCAACGCCUCCAUAACCAUCAGAAAUAUGACGGUGGAUGACAGUGGAGAAUACACCUGUGAAUUUCCAAAUCUUCAGCCAAGGCAAAUUGUCCACAUGAAUCUUGAUGUUGGUGAGUACUUUGAUAAAACUCUUAUUUAG